AUGGAGGGACUCGUCUCGCAGCUGCAAUCGCAUCAGCUGCCCGGCGAAGGCGGCAGUGCGAGCACAGGGAGAAAUAGCAAUGUCUUUACUGAACGUGCCAGUCCCAGCACCAAUGAUACCGCGCCCGUUCCAGCUGACUCGGAGCCCCGGAACGACGACGACCAGCUUCUUGGGACAUGCCUCGACACCUUUGUGUCUUGUAUGCUGCCUUACUUCCCCAUUGUCCGCUUCGCCCCGGGCCUGACUGUCGAACAACUGCGUUGCGACCGGCCACUCCUGCUCCAGGCCAUCGCCUGCGUGGCAUGGCCGUCCCCACCAGAGAAGCGAGCGCGCGCCGUCGAGCUGAAGCGCCGUCUUCUCGAGGCGUAUCUCGUGCGACAAAAGCCGCAACAAGAGGAUCGGGCAGGCAGCUCCGGCAGCCUGUCGUACCGGAUGAUGCCGUGCAUGUCGCUGGUCGGCGAGUCGUUCCUGGACCGGCCGGCACCCCGGGGCCUGCAUACGUCCAGCCUGCUCGCGCUGCCCGGGCAUAUAGAGAGGCGGCACGGGCACGAUGCGGAGAACCAGCUUUCUCCGGAGCGCCGGCGUGCCGUGCUGGGUUGCUUCGCACUCAGCUCCGUGGUCUCGGGUUUCUUUGCCGAUAUGGACGCCAUGAGCUGGACGCCGCAGCUGGAGGAAGUCCUUGGUGCCAUGAGCACCGGACAAGAAUGUUUGGGCGAUGCAUGUCUGGUUCUUCAGGUCCGUCUCCAGUUGCUUUGCCUCGAAGCCGUCAGGCUUCGUCGUGACUUACAAGCGCGGCCGUCCCAGGCACAGCCGCCGAAAUCCGUGGCGGAUUCGGUCACAGUGGGUGCCGAGGCGCUCCUAGGACAGCUGCAGGAACUCCGUGAUAGAUCCAAUUCUACUCCUUCCGCGCACUGCCAUGUCCACCUGUCCUAUGCGGAGAUACAGAUCCUCGAGACCAUCCGCCUAUCCAGCUCGAUCUCUUCGCAAUCGGAAGGAGCCGUCUUCACAGUCGAGUCAGGGCCUACCGACGGCAAUAGUGGUGGUGGUGGUCCAGCGCAGAAUCCCCCGGCAGGCGGCUACAGCGAUCUGAAUUACAUGUGGCAGUCCAUCCUCGCGCUCGGGGCCUGCACCACAGGCCUGCUCGAGCUGCCCCCUUCCCGCUUCCGGGGCAUCUCUUUCAUGCAGUGGGAGCAGCUCGCGAGCUGUCUCGUGGUGCUGAGCAACCUGGAUCAUGUCCAAGACGACAGGAUUAACAUGAACCUUGCCCCCGCUCGUCUCGUUGUCGAAUUGCCCGUCCUGCUUCAGCGCAUCAUCCGGAAGCUGACGCUUACUGCCGAGGAGGCUCUCGAGAAGGAGGAUGACGGCACUUUUACGCUGCUGGCUUCGCGAGUGCGUGCGUUUCGCUCGAGCAUACGGUGUUCCGCUGCGCAGACAGACCUACCGGAGCCGGACGAUGUUUCGGGUGGUGGCGGUGGCAAUGCGGCGCGUCCGUAUCGACCCUCCCAGGGUCCCUUCCAAAACACCAAGAUCUGGUUAGACCAACUCUUUGCGGUAUGA